CUUUUCCAGCAACUCUUUCUCCCAGUUCCUUUUUGCUUGUUCUACCUUCGUUAUUAGACACAUUCAUUUGAAAUGUAUUAAUCUUCAAUGUUGGCCUGUGGCAUCUAUGAUAUUGAGUUUUAAAAAGGCUCUGUCUGCUGAACUAUUAAGAAAAAAUGAACCCCUGGAAAAGGAUGACCAGGUUUCCAGACUCUUUGUCGGACGAAAUAUUAUCACCCUUAAAAACAUAUAAAUACUCCAGCAUUGAUAAAUCGUUCAUAUCUCGAUAUAUCUUGAAGCACUAUGUUAUUCUCCUAUCCCAAAGCCUACAUCUCCUCUAGCUAAUGGGAUUGAUUGCUAGUGGAAUGCUUUUGUUGAGUUGCUUCCCCUAUGGCUCGCGCCAAAUAUGGUUACACUGAUUGGGUUUAUGUUCAUUAUUGGAAACCUGCUUGUGCUUGAAGUCUUUGUACCAGACUUGGUUGGGCCAGCACCACCGUGGGUUUACUACAGUUUUGCGCUUGGGCUUUGGAUGUACUCCACAAUGGACAAUGUGGACGGCAAGCAGGCAAGGAGGACCGGUACCUCUAGUGGGCUUGGUGAACUCUUUGACCAUGGAAUUGAUUCGUUAAACUGCACACUAGCUAGCCUCCUGGAGGCCGCAGCCAUGGGUCAAGGGUCGUCAAAGAUCGGUGCAUUUACUACACUAAUUCCUUGCUUGCCCAUGUUCUUCUCAACGUGGGAGACAUAUCAUACUCAUACAUUAUAUUUGGGUUAUUUCAAUGGUCCAACCGAAGGCUUGAUUAUUGCCACCCUGGUUAUGAUCGCGGCAGGUUAUUAUGGCCCCGAAAUUUAUUCUAGUUCCUUAUCUGAAUGCUUUGGCCAUCGAGAAGUUUUGGCCGACUAUAGUUUCUUGGAUCUCUGGGUGGUCGUCCUCUUGGGGUCUUUUUUGAUUGCACACCUUCCCGCAUGCAUCCUCAAUGUUAUUCGGUCUCGGAAACGCAGAAACCUCCCUAUUUUGCCCGUGUUCCUGGAAUGGACCCCAAUCGUUGUUUCCUCAAUCUCGACCAUUGCCUGGCUCUAUUCGCCACACUCGACCCUCCUAAGAGAAAACCAUCUUGUGCUCUUCGCGGUUACCAUAUCUUUUGUUUUCGGCCGUAUGACGACAAAAAUAAUACUGGCUCAUUUAACCCGUCAAUCGUUCCCAUUUUGGACUAUGCUCAUGGCUCCUUUGUUAGGAGGCGCUUUUCUGGGGAAUUUACCGAGGUUUGGCUUGCCUAUGGUAAACAAAGAUUUUGAGGCUUGGUACUUGCGUGCCUACUUGGUCAUCGCCUUCGUGACAUAUAUGCACUGGGCUUUCUUUGUUAUUCAUCGAAUCACGACUUUCUUGGAUAUCAAUUGCCUGACAAUCAGAAAAGAUUCGCUAGCAGCAUCUAAAGGGUUAUACCAACAGAUCAGCGAAGGGACCCGAGAUAUUUUGGACAGUCAAUUUGACCUAGAAAGUGGCAGACUGAAGAAUCACUAAGUCGACACUUAUUGAGCAUUAUGCGCAUAAAAGUGUACCUUGGUUACGGGCCUUUUCAGUACCAUUAUUUAGUCAUGAAGUUUGGUCAAUCCCUUUACAAGAGUCAAGGGUCUUUGUCCAUGCUCUACUCCAUCCAUUUAUAUUGGGGUAGUCCAGACGUGUAUGAAGUUGAUACGGUAGUUUAGACUUUGUGCCUUAAUCAAUAUAUACGGAAACCUGAUAUUAGAACACAGUAUGGUUUUAAUACUCCUCAAUUUUUAUGAACUUAACAGGGGAA